GCUAGACUAGGUUAGUGCUAGCCCCGAAGAGGGUUUCCUAUGUGGACCGACUCUUGGUGGGGCAGCGGGCGGUGAGGCCCGCUAUGGGCAGUAAAUUGAUGGACGGACCCUGGAUCUCAGAAAAAUUAUGCCCGACUGAUGUGCAGCAGUUGACGAACCGUUCCUCGACCACAGCCUUUCCUGGACUCUCAUUUUAUAAUUUUCUCUUCGGCCAGGACUCUUUACUGCCCGCGAAUAUGGCAGAUUCUGGCAAGAUGGACGUCGACAAGGCCGAAAUGGCCCUCAAGGGCAUGGCCCAUUCCGAGCAGCACUACUUCAACAGUUACAACCACCAUGGUUCUCAGGUAUCCAUGAGGAGAUGUUGAAAGAUGAGGUUCGCACGCGAUCCUACAUGAAUGCCAUCGUCCAGAACAAGCACCUCUUCAAAGACAAGGUUGUUCUUGACGUCGGCUGCGGAACUGGUAUUUUGUCCAUGUUCGCGGCCAAGUCUGGUGCCAAGCAUGU